AUGGAAGAUUUGGAGACUAACUUAAUCCAUACACGCAAAGCAUGUAGGAUAGAGCAGAUGGUAGCAAAAUGGCUUCAUCGCUCUCGGGAUGGUGCAUCCAGUGGCAGAGUGUCUGUGACAGAUGUCACCAACGAUGGCGGUGGCCAGACUGCCAGCCGUGUCAAACUCACCGUCACAGUGUACAAAGACUUGGUCCUCCAUCACUACGGCUUCGAGAUUUGCCCAGACCUUCCUCUUACAAUCGCAUCUGUCACUGCAGGGAGCACCGCAGAUGGGAAGCUGCUGCCAGGUGACCAGCUGAUCCGGAUAAACUCUACCAUGGUGGAGGACAUGUCCAUUGAACGGGUGUCUGACAUCAUCAGGGAUGCCGGUGAUGAGCUCCUCCUCACUGUCCUGCGCUGCACAUCGGGUGGCCCUAAGUCAUCGUUUCUCACCGAGGAGAAGAGGGCAAGGCUGAAAACAAACCCUGUGAAAGUGCGUUUUGCAGAGGAAGUGCUGGUGAACGGACACGCACAGGGGAAUUCUCUUCUUUGUAUGCCAAAUGUUCUCAAGGUAUACUUGGAAAAUGGGCAGACAAAAGCCUUCAGGUUUGAGACCAGCACUACUGUAAAGGACAUUGUUCUCACCUUGAAGGAGAAGCUCUCCAUCCGGAGCAUCGCGCACUUUGCCCUUACCCUGGAGGAGCAGUACAACGCAGCAAAGAUCCAUCUGCUGCAUGAGGAGGAGCUCAUCGAGCAGGUUGUCCAGAAAAGAGAUUCCCAUGACUGCCGAUGCCUCUUCAGAAUUUGCUUUGUCCCAAAGGACCCCUUAGACCUGCUGCAGGAGGACCCAGUGGCCUUUGAAUAUCUCUACCUGCAGAGCUGCAGUGAUGUGCUGCAGGAAAGGUUUGCUGUGGAAAUGAAAUGCAGUAUGGCAUUACGUCUGGCUGCUCUGCAGAUACAGGAACGGAUCUAUACUUGUUCUCAGCCACAGAAAGUCUCUCUGAAAUACAUUGAGAGGGACUGGGGAAUUGAAAACUUCAUCUCACCAACUUUGCUUCGAAACAUGAGAGGAAAGGACAUAAAGAAAGCCAUCAGCUACCACAUGAAGCGGAACCAGGUCCUACUGGACCCUCGGCAGAAGCAUAUGCUUGCAGCAGUCCAAGUGCGCCUGAACUACUUGCAAAUACUGGGAGACCUGAAGAUGUACAGUGGGAAGAUCUUUAAUGCCACCCUGAUGCUGCAGGACAGGGAAUCCUACGUUGCCUUGCUGGUGGGUGCCAAGCACGGGGUGAGCCAGAUAGUCAAUAGUAAGCUCAGCAUCGUAACCAGUCUGGCAGAGUUCACAAACAUCAGCAGGGUGGAGCUUACAGAAGAGUCAGAGAAAGUGAGCACGGUGAAAAUCUACCUGCAGGACCUGAAGCUGCUGACUCUGCUGCUGGAAUCAAACAGUGCGAAAGAUCUUGUCUGCCUCAUCGUUGGCUAUUACAGGCUGUUUGUGGAUGCCAAUGUCUCCAUAUUUACUUGGGGAGAGAAAAGACAGCAACUACACCGUGUCUCAGCCGAAGAAGGGUAUGAAUCUCGAACCUGCAGCGAUUCUGAAGACUCCUGGGAGAUGGAUUUCAGCACCCAUCCUGCACCUGAGGAGAAGGUUGGAGAGCUUCAGAGCCUGGAAAAGGGCAGCACAGAGCCCCAGGCUGGAGGGAAUUACCAACGCGACAGGGGUGACAACGCAACAGACAGCACAUCUGAUGCUUCUGAUUCAGCCAACACAGAGAGCCGAGGGUUUAAGACGAGUGGCUCGAGUGACUCAAUGGAUGCACUGGAAGAAGAUGAAUUGGAAACUUGCUCUUCCUCCAAGCCAGAGUUUUUCCACUUCUACACACCCACCGUGCACGAGAUGAGCAGCUUGGACAAGAACUCCUUACCCAUUUGUGCUGCAGGAGGCUCUGGCAGAGCAGAAGCCACAGACUUCUACUGUUUCUUGCAGGUACCAGAAGCAGAGAAGCAUCUGUGUAAGCACAGCCCGUCUGAGCAGAAAGGAGCAGACGCUGAUGUGUCAGUGUUGGGGACCAAGCUGUCUGAGAGUAACUCCAUGGACUAUUACAGCCUGUGCUGCAGCAUUUCCCCUGCAGGCAGCACGGAGAGGAGCAGCAUCAGUCACAGCCAUGACAGAAGUCCUUGGAAAGACGAGUCUGCCCAGGAAGAGGUACCGCGGGGAGCAGAGCAGGUGGCAGAAGCGAGUGAUCUCAUUCUGGAGCCACCCCUGGGCUUUGGUGACACCAGCUCUGAGGAGGAGUUCUACGAUGCUGCCGACAGACUCAGCCCCCCCUCUUCCCUGGCAGCAGGCUGCCAGACAACAUCCCAGGAGAAUACAGAGGAUAACUGCAUCCUAAAGAAACCAAGAUGUUACAGCUUGGGAGAAAACUCAAUAUCAAGGCAGACAUCAGGAGAGAAAUAUGGAGAGGAGAAGCAGCUGAUAUAUUCCAAGAGCCUGAGGAAGAGGAGAUCUUUUCUGAAAACCAAUUACACCUCACAGGUCACUUUCCCAUUGGCUGUACCAGGCUCUCUGCAGAGCUGCUGCUCCUGGCCACCCACCCCGCCACUCCCUGCUCAGCCCUCAGAUUCACCUUCUUUGGAGAAGGAUGCAGAACUGGGAGCGUCUGCCCCCCAGGCCCAGAGAGACACUGCUGGCACAAACUCAUCCUCCGGUGUGAUGGAAAUGGAGCCUGACACCAUGGAAACAAAGUCAGUGACUGAUUUGGUGGUUUCUUCCAUUUCAGCUGUUCGCUUGCAAGGUGACCAGAGGGAGGAGAGUGCAGAUGUUGCUGCACUCUGUCCUGCACAUGCUGUACACCCAACUUCCUUGCUCCAAGAGGAAGCUGUGCACCUUCCCCAGGAACAGAGCAGUGCUAUCAAGGAGAGCCCCACAGUGAAGGGGCCAAGUGACGAGGACUGUGCGACCACCAAAAACCAGCUAACCCAGGCAGCACUGGAAGGGGAGCAUGAUGUGAUGGAACCCAAGCACGAGGCUGGCAGGUUCCAGGGCCAAGAGAUGGCCUGCUCUACUGAUGAACGCACUCUGCCGCCUUUGUCUUGUAGUGCUUUUCCCCGUGGGGUGGCCAAGGAGCAAGAUCUGCUUCCCACAGCUGGGAGGCAAGUGGCAUGUGAGGAGCCUGUGCUGGCUCCGUGUGGUGAAGAAGGAAAAGCUAAUCUCGAUGGCUGUGCUGAAAGCCAGAGUGACAGUGCCUUGUCACAGGCAAUAAGCAGACAAGCAAUAAGCAAGGAGGCCUUAAAGAAAGUGCAUGAUAAAAACCACGUGGGUUUUCCAGAUGCAAGGCAGCUGUUAGCAAAUGGCAGCAGCAGUUCAGGGGUUAUAGCUCACCUCUCCUGGCUCUCAUUUCAGGUGAGGUCAGACGUAAUACUGCCCAACCCAUCUCAGAAGAGAGGGCACGACCCUCUAGAGCUUUUGGACUCUCAGUGGACCACUGUGUGCGUGGGGGAUGAUACUGUCAGAAAGGAGAUGCAGACAUCAUCAGCUACACCAGCUCUUGAGAAAGAGUUGGAAAGCAAGCAUGGGAUGGUUGAAGGGGAGCCCAGAAAAGACACAGAAGACGUGGCUCAUGAGCAUUCCCAGCCUGUUCAGACUCCUUUUCUUAGAGAACAGUCUGCCACAGUGGGGAAAGACACUCUUCAAACCAGAGAGCUUUCCAUCUCCUCAGACCCAGUUCCCUUGGGCUCAUUGGGGAAAACAGGAGACAAUGGGGAUUCAAAUCACUCCUUCCUCUGCUUUAAUCACAAAAAGGAUGAGCAGGCUGCUGCCGGACCCAUCCUGACCAGGUCUGCGGGAUUUUCUGUGAUGAAGACGACCUCGGCACAAUUUGGGAUGGACAAGUGCAGCUGUCAGCUGUCCUACGUCAGCUGUUUCCAUAGGUCCAAUGAAGACAGAAAGCAGGAAACCACCAAUCCCACGUGCAGCAUGUUUCUGCAGCCUGUCACUACUCCACCGUCCACCAGCUCUGGUAGUUUCCCCAUUGCCAUUGCUUGGGACGGAGCGCUGGGCCCUGAAGUCCAAGCCCUCAGCCAACUGAAGGACCAGGCAUGGACGAGCCCUGCAGAUUUCCUGGGCUUCCUAGCCUACAUUACAGAGCUACAGGAAGUUGUGGGGAACCUCUCUGGGAACCAAGCAAUCCACCUGCAAGACCGAUGUGCAGAGCAAGGUGCUGAGAGCAAAGAUGCCCUUGGCUCGGCCUCUCAGGUCCUGCUGUCCAGCUGCAAGGAGCUUCUGAAAACGGAGCGUCCACUUGAAGAGUUGCAGGAGGUGUUGAGGGUGACGUUUGACCACCUUGUUCAGCUGGCAGUGGCCUGCUUCCAGGUGACACACUGCCAGCUAUGCAGGCAGAGGCAGCAGGAGCUCAGGGCUGCGCUCGUGGAUGUGGUGGGCACCUACCACCAGCUAGUGCAGGCUGUUCACCAGCAGCUUUGCAGGCAAGGCUGCCCAGACCUGGGUAGCACGCUCCUGACACGUCAGCACACAGCCCUUACUGCUGCCACGUUUUGCCUCCUGCAGCAGUUCAGGGUCCCCCCGUUGUGACAGGGCAGUUGGCGAGUACGGAGGAGCCUCCCCACAUUUCAUUCAUGUAUCACUAGGCUCCCCCACAUGAGACGUUUAACCCCCACAGCUCAGCAAAUGGUCAUGAAAGGACGCCUCCGUGUGUCAAGUGACUUCCACCAACAGCUGCCUAGUUCAGGGGUGGCCAUGGGACAGAGCAUGUGCCCCCCCAGCCUCGCUUUAUCUAAUAUACACAAGCUCUGCAUAAUGUGCAAACUCACAGAGCACUUCAUAGCUUAUCUAUGUAGCCUGGGAUUUGUCCUUCAGCUCCCCAGCACCUUGCAGAUAGCCAGCCAGAUAAGUGUUGUCCUAGCCUCCUGUCACCUGGGGAGCACACCCCCCAGGCAGAGAGGUGACCAAGCGAGCUCUGAAGGGGAGCGAGAUCAGAGUCAGUCUGGUCCACCAAAGAGA